ACACUGGUGGAGGUGCACGUUUUCAAAUAGAAUUGUAAAUAAUAUUCAAUUAUAAGUAAAAAUGGACGAAACCGAUGUAGUGGAGGUGGACGACAUGCAGUGCGAUGUGUGCGCAGAGCGGAAAUUCCAGGAGCGCGAGGGCUACUACUAUUGCAUCGAGUGCGGCACCAAAAAGGAACAACUGAGAGCAGUGGAGAUAAACGCCGAAGACACUUUCAACGAUACAAAAAAUCACACUACGGUGCGGACCAUCAAGCAGCCACAGAUCAAAACGGAGGACAAUGAAAUAACCUCAUGGGAGUUCUACAACUAUGUGCUGCGUGGCUUAACGCAGGAGUUGCUCGACUUAGGGGCCAAGCCGGAACUGAAGCUGAUGACACUGCAGGUGUGGGCCGCCUACCUUGGACGCAUGGAGGUGGCCUUUUAUAAGAGCAAUGUAAUGGGUUUGCCCAAGCUCAAUGUGCGCUCUCUGCCCAGAGAUGCGCGCAUCAUUUACAAUCACCAGCAGGCCAAGCGAAAGAGGGAGCGGCUGGAUAAAAGUAAUCUGGAUGAUGAGCGCUCCAAGUGGCGACAGUGGAGGAAAACCAAGCGCAAACUAGACGCCACCGUUUGUAGCAAGAAGGAUGCGGCUACAGAGUCCACAGCGGGGCAUAGCAUUCGCUUGCAGUGGUCCUAUAGAGCACGCAAGACCCUAAAGCGGCAUAUGGCACUCAAGCAUUUGGACAAGCACAGCAUGGACAGCACGGGCAGCAUGCGGUGCCAUGGUCUGCGCCCAAAGGCCAAGAAUCUGGGCCACUGCGAUCGGAAUAUCUUCCUCCUGAACAUCAACAAGCUCUAUGUGGUACUGGCCAUUGCGCUGAACAUGAUCGGAGACGACUUACAGCUGACGGACCUGCUGCGGCUGAUUGACGAGGAGCAUCUGACCAGCCGCUACCUCCUUAAAUAUGUGCCAGAGGAUGUGGCUGUGCGCAGCAAGACGCUGAUAAAGGAGCUGCAAUUAGGGCACCAAGUGGACAAGUGUAGCUACGAGUUCCUGCGCACACAAGUGGGUUACAUGUCGCGCUUUAUAGAUCUCACUGAAUUCCAGACGCCGGACCUGACCGCCCUGACACAACGCUACGUCAGAGAACUGAGCCUGCCGCCCGCAGUGGCUGAGUAUGUGUGCCGCCUGAUGGAUUUCCAUCUGCCCGAGUUCAGGCGCCUGUGGGAUACGUGGACUUACCCUCGCUAUGAGGCCCGUGUCAUGGCCUACAUCGUGUACGUCAUGAAGCUGUUGUUUGGCCUGGACGAUGUCAAGGAGCAGAAGAUAUCCGAGACUGCGGCGGAAGUGAAUGAGCUUCUGCAGAAGCUACAGCAGGAACACACUGACGGCGAGGAAGCGCCUGCCAACCUGUUUGUCUUCGGGGAGUGGAUGCAUUUUGUGGAGCUGCGCAAGGUUUUGGUUUCGCACUACAAUCAGAGCUUUGCCCAGCGUUUCGGAGUGGUCAACCAUCUUGAGCGGCAGCUCAAUGAUAUCCUCAUCAAGGAGCGGAAGCAGGAAGAACACGAUAAAAGCUUCAACGAGCUGGAGAUGACGCCGGCCAUGCGACAGAGCGAGAACAUGCGCCACACCUUCGAGUGUCUGCUCAAGGAGAAGUAUGGCGAGGGCAGCGCUGAGAUGACUGCAAAGGACCACAUCGAGUUCCAGGCCAGCAUGACGCCAGCCCUCAGCUACUUCAAACGGCUGCUCAUGCACGCUUCGCGGGCCGAGGGCGAGGACAUGAGCGUCAAGAUUCCCGAGUAUAUGUGGGUGGAGCACUCUGAGCGUCAGCUGGAUCCCUUUAUGGCAAAGACCAAGGAUCUUGCCGAUUACCUAGCAAAACAUCAAGUCAAGUUGUGCGUGCAGGAACUCUCCUGCCAGGAGGACUACCAGAGGGUGGGUAUCUUCCAGUUUUUCCCAAAACUGGACCAGAAGUCGUCGGAAUUCCGCGCCAACUGUGACAUCACGGGCGACGAGUGGAUCCAGGAGCUGCGAAAGAAGAUAAAGCGUCCGAUCUUCAAGUUCCGCCAGCCCGUGGCCACCUAUUGCCCACGGUACAAGGUGUAUGAGCGUGCGGCUCGCCGCCAGAAAAUGGAGGAAGAUAAUCCGUUUUGGAAAAUUUACAAGACACCCAAAGUCCGCGUGAAGCUGAACGACGAGGAGAUCUCCUUGGACGAGCUUAGUUCUCUGCAAACUUUUGACGAGGCGCACAUGGAACCGCUGCCGUUUCCGUUGAACAUGCCCCGCCGACGCUUGAACUCUCGCAGCUCUCUGACGGAUUAUGAGCUGAUCGAGCCCAAGGAAGAAGUCGUUGAAGAGGGAGAGGUUCAAAAGAUGACGCAGAUGCUGAACGUGUCAAACUUCGAUAUCUGGCUGCUGCACGGCCACAUGCACAAAUUACCGCAGGCGCAUCAGCGUGAGCUGCGAACCCUGUUCCCCUGCUCCUUCCGCUGGUUGCUCGAGACCUGCGCCGCAACCAUUGGCGUCUGCUGGUCUGUGCUCUACGAGCAGCUGCUCGUCCUGGAGGUAGUACUUCACCAUGGCAUCGAGGACUGGAGCAACCACAAGGACAACUUGCGAUUCAAGUACAAUAAUCCAAACAAGGACAUCAAUAUGAUGACUAAAUUAUAUAGAGACAUGUGGUAGAAUGAGGGAAGCAUUUAAAUGAAUAGCCAAAAGAAUAAAAAAAUACCGCUUUAGUCCUAA